ACAAGUUAUAUAUAAAUUUGAAUCUAAGCGGAGCGUGUUUUAUUUCGUCGGUGUUUCUUGUGUGAUAAGCACAUUGACAUGUUGCUGUUGUUAUAUAUUGUCGUUGUAGUUAUAAUCGUAGUGCUAGUUGUAGGCUUGUAUGAGAAAUCCACUAAUGCCAUAUGUACGUCCAAGAAGAGACUCGAUGGGAAAACCGUAAUAGUUACUGGAGGAACGACAGGAAUGGGAUUACAAAUCGCGACGGACUUCGCGGAUAGAGGAGCUCGUGUUAUCAUCGCUUGUCCCUUUAAGAACGAAGGAGUAGAGGCCUUGAAAUACAUUCUAGAAAAAACAGAGAACACAGAUGUUGUCUUCAAAAUAUUGGAUUUGUCUUCUUUAAAGUCUAUUAGAGAAUUUACAAAAGAUAUCUUUAAUAACGAGAAAAGAUUGGAUAUUUUAAUGAAUAACGCCGGAGUUGGCGUCGUUAAUGAGUUCAUCACAGAUGAUGGGAUGAGUUUUAUAAUGCAAGUAAACUAUUUUGGUCAGUUUUUGUUGACUUUAUUAUUGUUGCCUCUUUUAAAUAAAACUGGAACGAAGACAGAUCCAGCUAGAGUUGUGAAUACCUCGUCUGUUUUACAUAAUUUUGGUUUCAUUUAUCUAACAAAAAUAAACGACAUACGCUUCUGGUUUCCCCUACAGUUUUAUGCGAACAGCAAGUUAUGUUUAGUGUUGUUCGCUCACGAAUUGACAAAAAAACUGAAACGUAAUAAUGUUGUUGUCAAUUGUGUUGAUCCUGGUAUGGUUGGAACUGGAAUUUUUCAAAGUGCUGGAAGCUUACUAGGAUGUAUUAUGACUACGAUAGGAUUAGUAUUGUUCAAAACUCCAUGGUUAGGUGCACAAACAGCGAUACAUGCGGCAUUAGAUAAGAAGGCAGGAGAGAUGAGUGGACAGUUCUUUAAGAAUUGCAAGUUGACACGAGCUAAGCGAUCUGCUUACAACGACGAGACCGCUGAAAAGUUGUGGGAUACAUCCGCGAGUCUUGUUAAAUUAAGUAGUGAAGAAAUUGAAAAAUGUUUUCUAUAACAUUAUUAAACGGUGAUGUGGUUUUUUCUGUGAUGUUUCUCAAUUUUAAUUUUAAGGAAUAAUAAUCAACAAGUAUUUGCUAAUUUAUCUAAUAAUUAAUAUUAUUAAGACGUAUUCCUGAUAUUGUUUAAUUAUAUUUAGUUUCAUUUUUGUACAAAAAUGUUAUAAUAGAUAUGUUAAUAUUUCGUGAAACAUACUAAAUUCCAUUCAACAUUCCAUA